CUCCUUCUAAAAAGCAAUUCCUCUGCUUCUCCCAAGGGCUUUCCCCACAGAUCUUACUGUCCCAUGAAAGACUGACUUGAGGAUGACGUUUUAAAAAAAAUGUUUUUGAUACAUCAUAACGGUGAUGGUGGGCGUUGAAAAACGGGAAGAGAACUUGGGCCAAAAGCUUAGUAGGAACGAGGCUGUAUUGCGAGGUGGGUUCCUUAUCAAGUUCAAAGUGGAGGGACUGAUGAUCUCGAGGGAGGUGAGGUAGGAGACUAAGGACGCACGGUCUUGAAAGAUCGCGCUUCAGAGUAUGUAUCUGACACGAACGAAAGUGCUUUAGGAAAGUGCUUCAGCCCGAUAGUGGACCAAACACACCAGUUAGGAGAACUGGCGACUCGAUACACACGGCUUCGGUGUCCCCAGGCGCCUUAACAAUAAGCAGCGGGUUAGGACGGCAGCCGAUUUGCUCCGUGGAGUUUCCAGGCUGUGGUCACAGCGCCGGCAGGCACAGCACCAGCUUGGGCAGAGGGGCGCGGGAGAUUCACGAGAAGGGGCAGCGAGCCUCCUGAUUGACAGCCCGAAAUCUGAUCUUGUGAAAGAGACGCGGAGCCAAUGGGAGGCAGCGAUCCAUCAGUUUGGAUUGGAGGCCCCUGGAGGAGAAGUAGAGGAAAAACCACCGAAUUGAGCUCUGUCAGAGGCGCUUUCGGCUUCCAAGGGGGAAGUGCUGGGCAAUAAUUAAUGUUUUUAUUAAAAUUGGAGGGAAUUUUUUGCAGCCGUUCGCCUAGCGUGGCUUUCAGUCCCGUUAGGUGCAAAGCAAGUCUCGCUGAUCGCCAUUGCUAGUUUUGCACACGUUUGCGAAUCAGAGCUGCCCGGGGUACACCGACCGCGCAGGGAAACAUCGAGAGUGAAAAUAAAUACAUCGCCUCUUGUUCGAAUUUUUGCUACUGAGGAAAAUAUGUAAAUUGUGAACUCUCUUGGCUCUCUUUGGAUCCAGGUUGAUAGAAGUCCAGAUCCCGAGGAAAUCUCCAGCUAAAUGCUUAAAAUAUAAAACACUGAGCUGAGAUUUGCGAAGAGCAGCAGAAUGGAUGGAUUUUAUGACCAGCAAGUGCCUUACAUGGUCACCAAUAAUCAGCGUGGGAGAAAUUGUAACGAGAAACCAACAAAUGUCAGGAAAAGAAAAUUCAUUAACAGAGAUCUGGCUCAUGAUUCAGAAGAACUCUUUCAAGAUCUAAGUCAAUUACAGGAAACAUGGCUUGCAGAAGCUCAGGUACCUGACAAUGAUGAGCAGUUUGUGCCAGACUACCAGGCUGAAAGUUUGGCUUUUCAUGGCCUCCCACUGAAAAUCAAGAAAGAACCCCACAGUCCAUGUUCAGAACUCGGCUCUGCCUGCAGUCAAGAACAGCCCUUUAAAUUCAGCUAUGGAGAAAAGUGCCUGUACAAUGUCAGUGCCUAUGAUCAGAAGCCACAAGUGGGAAUGAGGCCCUCCAACCCCCCAACACCAUCCAGCACUCCAGUGUCCCCCCUGCACCAUGCAUCUCCCAACUCAGCUCACACUUCAAAGCCUGACCGCGCCUUCCCAGCUCACCUCCCUCCAUCGCAGCCCAUCCAAGACAGCAGCUACCCCAUGGAUCACAGAUUUCGCCGCCAACUUUCUGAACCCUGUAAUUCCUUUCCUCCUUUGCCAACAAUGCCAAGGGAAGGACGUCCCAUGUACCAACGGCAGAUGUCUGAGCCAAACAUCCCCUUCCCACCUCAAGGCUUUAAGCAGGAGUACCACGACCCAGUGUAUGAACACAACACCAUGGUUGGUGGUGCAGCCAGCCAAAGCUUCCCCCCUCCUCUGAUGAUUAAACAGGAGCCCAGAGAUUUUGCAUACGAUUCAGAAGUGCCUAGCUGCCACUCCAUUUAUAUGAGGCAAGAAGGCUUCCUGACUCAUCCCAGCAGAACAGAAGGCUGCAUGUUUGAAAAGGGCCCCAGGCAGUUUUAUGAUGAUACCUGUGUCGUCCCAGAGAAAUUCGAUGGAGACAUAAAACAAGAGCCAGGGAUGUAUCGGGAAGGACCCACAUACCAGCGGCGGGGAUCACUUCAGCUCUGGCAGUUUUUGGUAGCUCUUCUAGACGACCCUUCAAAUUCCCAUUUUAUUGCCUGGACUGGGAGAGGCAUGGAAUUUAAACUGAUUGAGCCGGAAGAGGUGGCCAGGCGUUGGGGGAUUCAGAAAAACAGGCCAGCUAUGAACUAUGAUAAACUUAGCCGUUCACUCCGCUAUUAUUAUGAGAAAGGAAUCAUGCAAAAGGUGGCUGGAGAGAGAUAUGUCUACAAAUUUGUGUGUGAUCCAGAAGCCCUCUUCUCCAUGGCCUUUCCAGAUAAUCAGCGCCCACUGCUGAAGACAGACAUGGAGCGCCACAUCAACGAAGAGGACACGGUGCCUCUGUCCCACUUUGACGAGAGCAUGGCCUACAUGCCAGAAGGGGGCUGCUGCAACCCCCACCCCUAUAACGAAGGCUACGUGUAUUAACACAGUGACAGUCAAGGGCCUCCUCGCGCUUCUGCUCUUUUGCAAGAUGAAGAGAACCUCUGAAUUCUCUUCAACAUUUGAUUUUUGUCAUUUGUAUUUUAUUUUUAAAUAAUAAUACACAAAAAGGGGCUUUCCUGUUGCAUUGUUCUAUGGUCUGCAAUGGACUGCGCACUUUAUUUGAGGGUGGGUGGGGGUAACCUAAACAUUUAUUCUGUGUAACAGGAAGAUAAUGGGUGAAUGGGAGGGGGGAUUGGGGUAUUACUUUUUACUUAGGCUUGGGAUGGGGUCCUACAAGUUUUAAGUAUGAUGAAGCUACAUCAUGUUGAUUUGAUUUCAUAACAACCUAGAAAAUGUUCAUUUCCUCUGGGUAUCUAUGGUACAGUUAAUUCACAUUGUGUAAAUAUCCACUUGGAGACUAUCUGCCUUGGGCAUUUUCCCCUAGCAUUUCUGUGUCUCCGCAAGGUGUACAAAAAAAAAAAACAACAAAAAAAAACUACUGUAAAAGGCAGUUUAAUUGUUAGAAAUGACUGUUUUUGCACCUCUUGUAAAAAGUUAUUUAGAGAUUGCAUUUACUGUUUUUUUGUUUUGUUUUGCUUUAUAUAUGACUCCCAGAGGAAAACCAUACAAUGGGUAUUCUCUCUGAAGCUGAGUAAUCACCAUGACUGUAAAUGAGGGGCACAAUUUUGGACUCUGGCUCCAAACUGAGUCACAGGCCAGUAGCAGUACACGUAUCUGGUGCCACCUUGCUAUUUAGAUACAGAUAAUACUGUCCUUUAAAUAUUUUGAAACCCAUUUCAGUUGCAUAAUGAUAUUUUUCAUGGUCCUUUGAGAUCUUCAUUUAAAUGUUAAAUCUGGGAUCGCAAUGAAGCAAAAAAUAUCUGUCUCCAUUCACUUCCUUCAGUACAUAAAAACAUUAUUUAAUCAAUAAGAAUUAACUGUACUAAAUCACAUAUUAUGCUGUUCUAGAUACAGCAAGCACUUCUUAAGAAAAAUAUCCAAUACACUAAAUAGGUACUAUAGUAAUUUUUAGACAUGGUACCCAUUGAUAUGCAUUUAAACCUUUUACUGCUGUGUUAUGUUGAUAACAUAUAUAAAUAUUAGAUAAUGCUAAUGCUUCUGCUGCUGUCUUUUCUGUAAUAUUCUCUUUCAUGCUGAAUUUACUAUGACCAUUUAUAAGCAAUGCAGUUAACUACAGAUAGCAUUUCAGGACAAAAUAGAUGACUCAAACCAUUUAUUGCUUAAAAAAUAGCUUCUGCCAUGCUAUGCUAUAAGCAGCUUUUAUGCACACUGACAAAAUGAAGAGUAAGCUUCAGCUUGCUAAGGGAAAUUGUGGAAACUUUUGGUGAAAUGGAAAAUUAUUUACAAACUGUUAAAGAAUAUGAGGAAGUUGCUGUAUGACAUAGUGCUGGCACUGAUAUUAUCCAUCAUCUUGUUUUGGACGCUUGUGUAAAUGUGAUUGGAUUGUUUGAAAGAAGAUUUAAAGAUUUAAAGUUUCAAAGGUUUUUGUUUUGGUUUUGUUUUGCAUUUGGAGGAAAUAGUGAAAGCAGGGUAUGUUGUUCUGUUUACCUUGACAAAACCAUAAGUAAAUGGUGUUAUAGUAUCUCUGAUUAGCUUGCUAAAAUGAUUCAAGCAAAAAACAUAAAUUUUGUUCACUAUCUCAGAGGAAAAAAAAUUUAGAGAGUCAAUAACAAAAUGUUUUUUUUUUUAAUCCUAAACACAAAGCCAAAAUCAACUUACAAAAGAUUUUCAUGAUGAACACAGGAAAAAUUGUUGAAAGAUGAUCUCCUGGCUACCCAUUUUCCAGCAUGACAUUGAUCACAGUUCAUGUCUCUAAACUCAACAGUUAUUGGGAAACCCACAUAACAUAACCUAUACUACUCACAUUUAUUCCUACCAAAAUAAUUCUAAUUUCAACAUAUUUACAUAACUUGUGAUUUCAAUGGUUGUUCUACAUUUACAUUAUAUAUCAUUAGGCCCAUUAUGGGUUAACAAAUAUGCCUUAAAAAUCAGAAUCCCACCCCCCCCCACCCACCCACUAUGCUCAUGUGGCCAUUUACAGUACUUAGAAUAAAAAUGGAUUUUAAAAUAUUCAGCUAAAAUUUUAUUGGAAAGAGAAUUGACACAUUUGGAGAAAUUGAAAGUAGGUCUUUAAAAUAUGAUCCAAGUGAAAAUUAUAUUGAGAAUACUUUUUCUUUUUUCUCUCAUUUUCUUUUAUUCUUUUAAAAAUUCUAGUUUGAUAGUGAAAAAGAAUCGGACUAUGAGCUAUUUUAAAGAAUCAAGGAAGAAUUGGUAUUGAUUAUAUAGUAUUUAAGGACAAAUUAUAUAUUUUGCUGUUUAUGGUAGUAACUCACUGAAUAAAAAAAGUAAUUGGCCAACAUUAAGUAUAUUUCCAACACAGAAGGGUUCAAAACAUUGCAUUAUAAACUCUUUUGGGAAAUGUAUCUAAAGGGUUUUUUUUUUUAAGUUCUGUUUCUUAUUCUACUUUUUGUUUGGUUGUAUUUUUAUUUUCAGAUAGAUUAAUAAAUCUGGCAGCUGAUUUCUGCAA